GAACUUAUCCGUUGGACGCUCUAGUCCUCAGUCAAAGUUAUGUACGUCGCGAUGAAAAGACCCAUAAGUGCGUCGUACGUUCACCAGUGGGCCGACAUACGUGUGUCGUACGUUCGCUAGUGGGCCAUACGUGUGGCUCGUAGUCUCUUACGUUCACUGGUGGGUUGAUCAAUUUGCCUAGUAGCUUGGACGAUUGCCUUUUUAAGUACGGGCCCUCCAGUUGACGGAUCCUGCUCACUAAACUUACGACCAUACGGACUUUCUCGGAUAUUGCCCAUGCAGAUACUAAUUUGUGCAAAUGCACCGCCGCACUUGGCGUUGCUCGACCGCCGGCGGUGGUCCCCGGCGUGGGAUCGCCGGCGACCAGAUCAUCAUACGCGUAUGCACGCUCCGCGUCCACGUGAUAAAGAGCAAUCAAAGGGAAUAGUAUAUUGCAAAGCCAAAGAAACACAAGAAACAGUUGACAGGAGGAGCGGUGGAAAAGACGAACCGCGGGACAUGGAAGAAAUGGUCAAUACCAUCAGAGUAAUGCUAAGGACAAUGGGCGAUGGGGAGAUAAGUGCUUCUGCCUAUGACACCGCGUGGGUCGCACUUGUGAAGAAUCAUAACGGCAGCGACAGCCCACAAUUCCCCUCGACCAUUGAUUGGAUCUCUCACAAUCAGCUGCCAGAUGGUUCAUGGGGUGAUGACUUGUGCUUUCUAGUUCAUGAUAGGCUCCUCAACACCCUAGCUUGUGUGAUUGCGCUGAUGGAGUGGAAGGUUCAUGGUGACAAGCGUGAGAAAGGUUUGUCGUUUAUUCGGGAAAAUAUAUGGAGGCUGGCCCAAGAGGAAGAGGCAUGGAUGCCAGUUGGUUUUGAGAUCACCUUCCCCUCACUUUUAGAGAUAGCCAAGGACUUGGCUCUUGACAUCCCUUAUGAUGACCCUGCUUUGCACAAGAUAUAUGCCCAAAGGGAGCUAAAGCUUAAGAAGAUCCCAAGAGAAAUACUUCACUCCCUACCAACAAGUUUGCUUCUUAGCAUAGAGGGACUGCGAGGCUUGGACUGGAAGAGGCUCCUCAAGCUCCAACUUUCAGAUGGAUCCUUCCUAUCCUCACCCGCUGCAACGGCCUAUGUUUUGAUGCAAACGGGCGACAAGAAAUGUCUCGAGUUCCUUGAUGGAAUUGUUAGCAAAUUCCAUGGGGGAGUCGACCGGUUGGAGCGGCUAGGCAUAUCUUACUACUUCAAAACUGAAAUUGAUGAGUACUGCUUAGAAUACACCUUCAGGCAUUGGACUAAGGAAGGCGUGACAUACAACUGGCACAGCUCUGUGAAGGAUAUUGAUACCGGGUCAAUGGCUUUUCGUCUACUCCGGUUGCAUGGCUAUAGUGUCUCUCCAAGUAAGCAACAGGCAACUGAUGUUUCUGUUAUUUCUCAACUGAUGCUGUUGGUUCUUUAAUUCUUUUGAUAUCUGACUUUGAUCGUCAUUGGCACUUUGGGACUGAAUUCCCGAAUAAUCGAGUGCAGGGGUGGAUCUAGAAUAAGUUAGGAGGAAAGCUCAUCAUCUGCUUCCUCGUCGAGCCCAUAUACUUUACUUACCCAUCCCCUCUCUCCUCUCCAUGGGGAUCCAAUAUAAUGGGGUAGGUGUGGCUCGAGCCGCCCUGCACCGAUGUUCAAUUCGUCCCUGCUCGAGUGUAUAUCAUAUAGUCCCGUUAUCUACAGCUAGCCACACAUCCAUAACAUAAACACAGAUAAGAACGUUCACAUGAUGAAUAAUUAAGUAAGAGGGAGGCAGCGUUAUUUGCAGAUUUUGGAUGGAUGGAGCCUGGCAGCUGGGUGUGGUGGUUGGGUUAAAUUUGUGAUGUUGGAAGGUCCAAGUACAUGAUCCAUUUCAAAGCCUUGUUACACAACAGGAAACAGGCGAAGUGGUUGGCCAUCGUGCUCGGUCUUGUCAGCAUGCAAGCUUUCCUAUGUCGGGAAUAGUCUCAUAUUUGUUGAUUAGGGAUUGAACCAACUUAAAAGUAGAAGAGUUUCUUUAUCUCUUGAGCUAGUUUUUGGGUGUAGUAAAGCUUUCUCCUAGUUAGACCAAUGUCUCCUAGUUUUGAACCAACAGACUUGGUAUGUGGAGUAUGGAUGUUGGAUAGUGAAAUCGGAGCUAUGGUCUAGGUAAUUAAGAUAUAUGCAGAUGCAAGAUAUGGAAGGACACACUGGGAUAUGGCCAUAUGGCGAAGAAUUGCUGUGAUUGGCACCGGUGACUGAACAGAACAAGGUGAUGCGCUGCAGAGCUCAGCUCGUUGAGAUUUACAACUUUCAUGUGAAGUAUAUCUCUAUACGAGGUUGCUUGAAAAAUUCAAAAAUUUAAAUUUUCCCUCAUUCAUAACGUUUUGUAACUACCAAGCUUCACCGAUAA